UCUAUUAAACUAUUUUUUUUGUGCGACUCAUAUCUCCAUCUCCAUCUCCAUUUCCGCGCCCGUCUCUUGGCUUGAUUUGAUCUACACUGUAUGAAGACAUUCCACACCCUUUUCACGCCUUUUCAGUGAGCUAUAUCCCUGGGGAAUGCCUUGAAGGAUGUGACUACCUCUAUCUCUAUGCAGUCCUGAUGCAGGACUCUCACGCGAACAAUGACCCUCGACCUGCUGAAGGAAGCUCAUACAUCAUGGAAAACCGCACCGGAAUAUUCACAAACUUGCAGCCUUUCGGCAGAACGAUUCCUCCAAAUCACGGACCUGCUACUGGAAAACCCGAAUCUGAAUUCGACGCAUCUCUUCCGGGCUGACAUCUUGUACGACAGUGCACACCAGCUGAAGACGCUCUCGGAAAAGGAGCGAUUGUAUCUUCAGCCCGACGGAGCGCACAGCCAUGACAAUGACGCAAGUGAAGCCGAUCCUGAACCCGUGUCUUCAGCACCAGUCUUUGAAGGGGCAAUCCUGCAGAGGAAGGUCUUGAGGAGGCUCGUUCCUCGCAAGCCGCAACUGGACCGGCCGCUUGACCAGUGGUGCUAUACCUACAGCCUCGUCCCAGGGCCCGAGAAUUCGGGAUGCAUUGUCGUUUACCAGCCACAAGCUGAGACUGACGCUGAUAUGCCGUGGUAUCAUCCGCCUGUCAAGUCUCUGGCGUACCUCCGCAAGAAGGGAACUGAGACCACGCUUUCUGUUCAUUUUCUUCCUUUCCCAACCUCCUCUGACCCACUACCCUCGCGCACACAUCGCACCUUCAUUGCUUUGCUCCAGACAUUCCUCAGACUGGCCAAGAAUCCUGCACCACAAAGAGACAUCAUAGAAGGCGGCCUUAGUGUGACAGAUGGGAAAGUCUCGACCAGUCUGUCCCUGGCUCCUUCAGCCCUGAAAGAUACGAUCCUCCCCCAGCACGUCGUCCAGGACACCUACACCCGGCUCAAGGAGCGGUAUGCCCACGACCUCAUAUCAUGCUGGGCAGAGCAGACCGAACCGUCCAAGCACGUAUUCGAAGAUCUUGCCAUUGCCGCCUUCGUCAUUGAGCUCUGGAAGCAGAUGUACCCGCAAGCAAACACAUUCCCGGGCUUUGUUGACAUUGCAUGCGGAAACGGCGUUCUGACGUACGUGCUCGUCAAGGAAGGAUAUCAGGGACGUGGCUUUGACGCUCGAAGGCGGAAGACGUGGGACGUUCUCGAGAUGGACAAUUACCUGGAUGAGAUGCUGUGCAUCCCACAACCGUUCCUGGACCACAUUGGCGCCGAGGAUAUCAACGGGUUCCAAGAAGCCUCAGGCGGCAAGGUUCACAACGGGAUCUUCGACGCCGACACCUUCAUCAUUUCCAACCACGCCGACGAACUCACUCCCUGGACGCCUCUUCUCGCCGCUCUAUCAUCGCCCAACUCUCCUUUACCCUUCCUAGCUAUUCCAUGCUGCUCACACGCCCUGAGUGGCGCCAGACACCGCUAUCCACCUCCCAAGAAUGCCACGUUCGCAUCGUCAUCCGCCACUACGGGCGCUAGGGGCAAUAACGACAACCACACCGAAGAGCAGCACGCCAGCGGCGAUCUCAAGGCCCUCCGAGCCGCCAAGGCCAAAGCAGCGAGCCACACGGACGAUACGUCCAUGUAUGCUUGUUUGACCAAGAAAGUCGUCUCGCUGGCCCAGGAGGUCGGCAGCGAUGUCGAAUUGACACUCAUGCGGAUUCCGAGCACACGCAACAUCGGAGUCGUCGGGAACAGGCGAAGAGCUUUCACCGCCACUCCUCGACCUGCCUCUGCUGGUGCGACGACUGAUGCAGCGGCGGCGUAUCCCGGAGUCGAUGCAAGUGUGAACCACGCAGACCCCGCGGCGGCCACAGGGACGAGUGACAACGCCGAAGCGAGUCCUAUGAUGCAGAAGACGAUCCAAGCCAUGCUGCACCGCGAGUGUGCCAUCUCAGGGGGCAUAGCAGCAGCCGCGACAUGUUGGGUCGAACGAGCGCGCAAACACCAGACUGGGCAGGGGAGGGGGAAAGUCAACCGCGGGCGACAACCCAGCGGGACUGGAAAGUAUCAUUAAAUCCAGCAUGGGCCGUGGCCGUCAUCAUACAUACAGCAGCCCAAGCCACAUCCAGAUGCUACACGUCAGAAGCAGUUUUGAGCCGCAGAACAUGGUCGUUGGACGAGGACAUCUCAUCUCGAUACCCGAACUACCGCCGUGCCUAAAGACUGCCGCUCCUCGAAAAACUCCUCGAAGCGACAUGGCUGCCGUCACCAUCCACAUCCUCCAGCUCCUCUUCUUCCUCCACAUUGGGUAACGCAACAUUAAAGAGCCCUUCGGCCCAUUCGGCAAACGUAUCGAGAUCCCACACUGCAUUCUCGGGGCUCUUUCCUUUGCGCGAGAUGUGCGUUGCCGCCGUCGCUGCCGCACCGUUGACCUUGCCGUUGUGCGUGCCGGCUUUCCCAGCUGACUGGGAGGUGUACGCGUCGAAGAAGGCCUCGUAAAUUUGCACGACCUGGUCCUCCACCGCGGCGACCAACGUCUCUCUGGUGCGAUGAUCAUCCAAAUACUGUUCCAGUUUCGCCCUUAGGAUGGGAAUCUCCUUCUCGAUCCUCAUCCGUGUCUUCUCAACCGCUUCGGCCAACAUGCUCUCCCGGUCACCCUUCCUGGGCCCCGUCUUCUCCAAAUCCUUAGGAAGGUCUUUGCACAUGUCUGCAGCGAAGCCUGCCGUGAACUCAUUGAUCGCCGUCCUCAACUGGCCGUCGAGUUCGACUUUGGCAUCCAGCAUGUUUUCCACCACCCGAGGCAGCAGUCCGCCAGAGCUGAACAGUUUCAUCCAGCUUGCGGGGUUGAAGAGGCCGCCCCGUUCGCGGAUCUCCCAGAAGGUAGAGGCUACGCCCGAAAAGUCAAAGCUUACGUCUGGGGUGACGUACUCGAUGUCGAACGCCACUAUCUGGGAUUUCAAGAGUAACAGGUGUUUAAGGAGAAAGAGGCGUCCGUCGACCGGCGAAGACUUCGUGGAUAUCUGAUGGGAUGCGGUGACGAGAGACAGGGUGGUCUGGUGCACAAUCUGGUGCGCCAAAUCGUCAAACACCGAAGAGUUUACCAGCCGAUAGAUGCGUGAUAGGAGGCGGAGGGAUCUUGAAAGGGUGGGAUAGCAAUGUUUCAGCGCAGACCGACGCGAGGAGGCGAGGGUCCAGCUGAAGGAGCCUUCCUCACCAG